AUGCGCGAGAUUGGUAACCAAAUUGGUGCCGCCUUCUGGCAGCAGAUUUCCGGCGAGCACGGCCUCGACAACAAUGGUGUCUACAACGGCACCUCGGACCUCCAGCUGGAGCGUCUGAGCGUCUACUUCAACGAGGCCUCUGGCAACAAGUACGUCCCCCGUGCCGUCCUGGUCGAUCUCGAGCCCGGUACCAUGGAUGCCGUCCGUGCCGGUCCUUUCGGUCAGCUGUUCCGUCCCGACAACUUCGUCUUCGGCCAGUCGGGUGCCGGCAACAACUGGGCCAAGGGUCACUACACUGAGGGUGCUGAGCUUGUCGACCAGGUCCUCGACGUCGUCCGCCGCGAGGCCGAGAGCUGCGACUGCCUGCAGGGCUUCCAGAUCACCCACUCUCUGGGUGGCGGUACUGGUGCCGGUAUGGGUACCCUCCUGAUCUCCAAGAUUCGUGAGGAGUUCCCCGACCGCAUGAUGGCCACCUUCUCUGUUGUCCCCUCGCCCAAGGUGUCUGACACCGUCGUCGAGCCCUACAACGCCACCCUCUCGGUCCACCAGCUGGUCGAGAACUCGGAUGAGACCUUCUGCAUUGACAACGAGGCUUUGUACGACAUCUGCAUGCGCACCCUGAAGCUGCCCAACCCCUCGUACGGCGACCUGAACCACCUGGUCUCCGCCGUCAUGUCUGGUGUCACCACCUGCCUGCGUUUCCCUGGCCAGCUGAACUCUGACCUGCGCAAGCUCGCCGUGAACAUGGUGCCCUUCCCCCGUCUGCACUUCUUCAUGGUCGGCUUUGCCCCCCUGACCAGCCGUGGCUCGUACUCGUUCCGCGCUGUGACCGUCCCAGAGCUUACCCAGCAGAUGUUCGACCCCAAGAACAUCAUGGCCGCCUCGGACUUCCGCAACGGCCGCUACCUGACUUGCUGCGCCAUCUUCCGCGGCAAGGUCUCCAUGAAGGAGGUCGAGGACCAGAUGCGCAACGUCCAGAACAAGAACUCGUCGUACUUUGUUGAGUGGAUCCCCAACAACGUCCAGACUGCUCUUUGCUCGAUCCCGCCGCGCGGCCUUAAGAUGUCGUCCACGUUUGUGGGCAACUCGACUGCCAUCCAGGAGCUGUUCAAGCGUGUCGGCGAGCAGUUCACUGCCAUGUUCCGUCGCAAGGCCUUCCUUCACUGGUACACUGGUGAGGGUAUGGACGAGAUGGAGUUCACGGAGGCCGAGUCCAACAUGAACGACCUGGUCUCCGAGUACCAGCAGUACCAGGAUGCUGGUAUCGACGAGGAUGAGGAGGAGUACGGCGUCGAGGAGGGCGACGUCGAGGAGCACGAGUAA